UAUUGAAGGGACAGCAUAUCUAUACUCGCAAGAAAAGAGAAUAGCUGGGUCUGGUCUGGUGUAGGUGAAGAGCAGAGUGGAAAGAAGGAAGUAAGGAAGCAGAAAAAUCAAUUGAGUGCCUGAAUUGCCUCUGCUGCUUUUGAGAUGUCUAAUGAAAAUGAUGAGGAGAAUCAGAAAUUGGGUGAAGCCCAGAUAAACCCGAAAUCAUCUGGUGAAAUCCAAGCAAAUUGGUACAGCGGUGUACUUCAACAAGCCUCUGUGUAUGGCAUAGCUACGGGCUACUGCAUAUCUGCAUCCUUGCUCUCCAUCAUCAACAAAUGGGCCGUCAUGAAAUUCCCAUACCCCGGUGCUUUAACUGCGUUGCAGUACUUCACCAGUGCUUUUGGGGUUCUCGUUUGUGGAUGGCUCAAGAUCAUUGAGCACGACCGGCUUGACCUCCUCACAAUGUGGAGAUUUCUACCUGCUGCUAUCAUAUUCUAUCUGUCCCUUUUUACUAACAGUGAGCUCCUUCUCAAUGCCAAUGUUGACACAUUCAUUGUCUUCCGGUCGGUCGUUCCAAUAUUUGUUGCAGUAGGAGAGACCCUCUUCUUACACCAGCCUUGGCCUGCCUUGAAGACUUGGGUCUCGCUUGGUACCAUAUUGGGUGGAAGUGUGCUUUAUGUGUUGACGGAUUACCAGUUCACUUUCAUGGCUUAUAGCUGGGCUUUGGCUUACCUUGUUAGCAUGUCCAUAGAUUUUGUCUACAUAAAGCAUGUGGUUAUGACCAUUGGUUUAAAUACAUGGGGUUUGGUGCUGUAUAACAAUCUCGAGGCCCUUCUAUUGUUUCCACUGGAACUGCUUAUUAUGGGUGAGUUGAAGAAGAUAAAGCAUGAAAUCUCGGAUGAGUCGGAUUGGUAUUCUUUUGGAGUGAUUUUGCCUGUGGGACUGUCGUGUUUGUUUGGCUUGUCGAUCUCUUUCUUUGGGUUCUCUUGCCGGCGAGCUAUUUCUGCAACUGGUUUUACAGUUCUUGGGAUAGUGAACAAGUUAUUAACGGUUGUGAUUAAUUUGGUCAUUUGGGACAAGCAUUCAACAUUCAUUGGAACUCUGGGGCUUUUAAUAUGCAUGUUUGGUGGUGUUAUGUAUCAGCAAUCCACAAGCAACAAGCCUAAGGCAACACAAGAAGUAAAAGCACAACCACAAGAGAACGAGGAAGAACAACAGAAGUUACUCGAAAUGCAAAGCAACACGAACGAGAAAAAGGCCACUGAUUCACAAGAAGAAAGAUGAUUACGUAUCCUUAAUUUUGAUCUUGCUUUAUUCUUUAUUUUUUUUUCUGGUUAAGAUCAAGUGCCGUCCAACUACAGUUACUAAGUAAACCCUUGGGGGGCGACUUUUCGGGAUUAUCUCUACUUGAUCAGAAUACCUAUGGAUUGGGCUUUUGCACGCAGAAAAUCAAUUGUAUUUACACUGACAAACAAUUAGUUACUUGGUCAUUCUGUUUUUUAGACUCCAUUCAACCUGGGAAAACCCAGUUAGAAUAUUGUAUUCAUCUGCUUUUCUAGUCUUGUUGAAACAGGUUGAUUCGAAUACUCUCUCAAUGGUAAUGCUUACCAUGUAGAUAUAGGUGCAGAUUAUGACGAUUUUGCUGGCUCAUAUUAGAAUUUUCAGUCUGUGGCAAUAGUUUGAGAAAAGAAUUGAAACGUUAAAGCUGAGAAUUUUGGUUUGAUUUGGUCUAAUGUUGUGUAAG